AUGACGCUCAUCCAUCAUCGCACUUCGCCUCAAGAGCCUAUUGAAGAGCUCAUUCUAUCACUUCAAGGCUAUCUCGUCGAAGCCAAUCUCCCACCUGUUCGUAAGAUGGACAUUCCCCGAUCCAACCAUCGUCUCAUCAGUAUGAGCCAGUCGGUCGUCAUCUCUGGGCUCGGCGAGGACUUGUUCAAAGAUGCCGUGCAAGGCGCACUCUGCGUCUACCAGGUCUAUCAGCGCCUCAUUGAGACGUUGCACGGAAAACUACGAGAGUGGAGUCUGGUUGACCGCUCCGGACAUCUUGCUAUCCAGUUCGGUAAUCGUCUGCUUAGCAGGGGGAAGGAAGCUGCCGAUAAUGAGGUCGUAGACUUGGCAGACGUGGUUGACCCUUUUAACGUCCUUCGUCUGGUCUUGCGCGAUCACGUCCACACCACCGACAACGCCGUCCAGUACUGGGAGCGCACCGUGAAGAACUCCAAGGCGACGUACUCGAAAAUAAAACCUCACCAGAUCAACAUCUCCAACCUUGUCGAGCUGCAAAUCGCAUUUACAGUUGUCCGCCUCCCCCGUCAGGAGUACGUUUUUGUUCCCAAGCUUUGUUCAAUUUGUGUUUUAGACCGGGCUGUUGAGAGGCGAGCCAAGUCUCCCCGGCGCCUGAUGAAGCGAAAGGUUGGGUAUGGGGAGAGUGACAAAGAUGACGCUGAGGUUGCGUUAAAGCGCAUGCGCUUGGAGGAUGGCGGCUUACCAGGGAGUGCGGUUGUACCUCAGGCUGAUGUGUUGAUGGGCGAGUAG